GAGAAGUAGCAGGUGUGGCUUCUCGCGCGCUGCAAGAGCGGAAUGCGUGCGCGGGCGGCGGGAGUCGCGGGUCUCAGGACAGAGUCACGAUUGUCUAGCCCGUGAACAACAACUGCGACCGGAAUACGACUGGAAGAUCCUCACUAUCAGAAGGAGAAGUUCAGAUAUCGGGUUUUUUUUUUUCUUUUUUUUUCUGGCCGACAAGAACUUUCCGCAGAGGUCGUUGCUUAUAUGGGAAACCCGCUUUUAGGUUUCUAAAAAGUUAGCGCGUUUAACCACGGCCACCUUUUUUAUUUUGGCCAUAGUUACGGACUCAAAGAAGAGUCAAAAGAAGGGGCAGUUUUGUUUUCCAGGACCAGCGGUCUCUAGGUCUAACUAAUAAUAACUUCAGCUCGGUGGCAGUAACAGUAUAUUCAGGUCAGCGCACGGUGUGCUGCGCGACGCCGCCGUAGCGCUCCCUCCGCCGAACCAGUUAUUCAGCCGCGCGGAGACGGAGUACGACACUCAGAAAAACCACCCGCGAGAUUGAGUGACAUCAUGCCUGUUCCCCCUCCCCCCCCACCACCACCCCCUCCCCCUCCUCCACCCGCCUCGACAGGAGCACAGCCGGCCCGAUCAGACCCCCCCAGACCUCUCCCCUCAGGGGGGGGGGGGCGGAACGCUCUCCUGGCCGACAUCCAGAAAGGUGCACGGCUCAAGAAGGUCACGCAGGUCAACGACCGCAGCGCGCCCGCGCUCGACUCGAAGCCCAAAGGAAGCAGUGCGGAUGGUGGGGGCUCCUCUGGAGGCUCAGUUGGCCCCACCCCCUCCCUGGGGGGCCUGUUUGCGGGGGGGUUCCCUGCGCUGCGGCCCGCAGCCUCGCGCUCGUCUCCGCGAUGGAGCCCGCCGGUGGCUGAGAGUCCCGCUGUCCACGCACCGUCACCCGCUAACCCCGCCUUAAACAAGGCCACGCCCCCAGCACCAUCCACGCAGGCCCCGCCCCCUCCUCCCCCACCCUUCCAGGACCGGCCAAUGAAAACCCCCCCUGUGCCCUCAGGUCCGCCCCCUGCCCCGCCCCCACAGACCACCAAGCCCACCUGGUUACCAGUGCAGGCUCAUGCCCUGCCCAGCUCUGAGUCCUCCGGGUCCUUCCCCCCCCCUCCACCACCGCCCCCAACCAACCCGCCCCUGCCCAAACUGCCCCCCGUCCCCUCGUCCUCCCUCAGAGGGGCGGGCUUCCCCCUGCCCCCCUCGUACCCCUGCUCCGCCCCUGCCCCCAGCCGACGUCCCCCCGCUGUGCCCAGAUCUGCAGGUAACGGCAAACUCUUAAAGAUUAAAGUGUAUUACAGCAGCCAACUGAUCGUCAACUGUCUUCUCUCAGUGUUCUCCCCAUCAGCAGCCAUUUUGUCCGCUCCCUCCUUCAGCCUCUCUGUGUCCAGCCGCUCCCUCUCCUCAGUUUCAUCCUUCAGCUGCUGUUCUCUCAUCCCAAACUCUCUGACUCGCUUUCAGGAAGGAUGGCCCCGCCCCCUGCCCCUCCUGCUCGGUCCCCCAAUACUGAGCUGUCGAGCCGGACCCCCCCCCCCUCCCCCGCCCCCCCCUCCCCCGCCCCCUCCUGCCUCAGCCCUGAGGAACGGCCAUCUGCACAGUCUGGAUGACUUUGAGUCCAAGUUCCAGUUCCACCCAAUCGAUGACUUCCCUCCCCCAGAGGAGUUCAGACCUUUUCCCCGAACCUACCCGAGUAAGGUAGCCCGAGAGAACCCCAAACCUCCUGGUGUUAGGACACACCUGCGGUGAGCUGGAGCCUGCGCCAUGGCCCUGCCCCCUGGCCUUGUGGCUCCGCCCCAUGGGAGAGACAGAAGGUCAUGUGACACCUGCACAUCAAAGACUCCACUUUGGAGGCAGGUCUGGUUACAGACACCUGCUUUGAUUGGCUGAUUUGGUCUGUGAAAUGUUCGCUUUGCUUGCCAGUCUCAUAACCCUGUCCUGUUCAGGCCAGAUAAGACGACCAGUGUUCAGACUCCGCCCCUUUCUACAGUCAACCAGGGAUACUUUAAAAAGAGGUACAUCAACAGGAGCAGAUACAAUGGAUCAUGCCACACAUCAGUGCUAGCGUAGCAUUUUACCACGUCUGUUACCACGUCAUUUGUGGCCUUCUCCUGUAAAAUGUUUAAUCAUGUCAAAACCGCUUUUAGCUGGAUAUUUGUUUUAUAAUCAUGAUUUACCAUCAAUGUUAUCAGGGUUUAAGCAGCGCCCUUAAUGAGGUUCCCAAUUUUAUAAUAAUAAUAAUUUGACUUGCAUUAAUAUUUCCAGCCAGAAAUUCAUAGUACAGUCAUUCACAAUGAGUGGAAGGUUUUCCAACAGUUUAUAUUUAUUUAUGUGAGCAUUAGCAUUAUGGCUCAGGCCACUCCCCCUUCUACAGACCAUGGGGUAAUUAGACAGGUGACCUAGGAAUGUGCCGCAGAAGACACACCCUUUACAGACCAGGGGGAGAGAGAGAGCGAGAGAGAGGG